AUGGGCGACCGAAAACCACCGCUAAGAUCUCUAUCGCUUCCGGACCCACUGUCCUCCAAGACACUUGCACUCACCGCGGCUAGAAUGCACUUUGUGUACUCUAGAGAGACCGACAAUGCUGAUCGUGAGACUCACGAAGGUGAUCGUCUGACAGUCAAAGUUGAUCGUCUGACAGUCGAGCUUAUCUCCUCUGCAUCCGAGUUGAGAGGUCAGUUUUGGGACUUGAUUACCGGUUCUUUAGUCACUUCAGAAGCCAAGUCACAACCACCAACUUUGGGGAAAAUUGCAGAGAGUUUAGGUGUAACAGAAACUCUGGGUGAAAGCAUCACGCACCUCAAUGACUUCAAGAGGAAUGUUUCACAAAGUAUGACAUCCCUAAUCAAAGACUUUAAUGACUUGAUUAGGGGCGCUGAUUCUGUUCAUGAGUAUGCUUUUGUCUGUAGUCUAGGUGACAAGUUUGAUGAGGCGGCCCAACGGUAUUUUCAAAUGAGGAUGGAGCUUGUCAAUUUGGAUAAUAAUCCUAUCAUCAGACCUGACAACCACUGGCCAGAAAGGAGACAAAACAGUCUCAACUGA